AUGACAUGUAUUCUUCCUGAAUCGGUUGUAGUGAGGUUAUGGGAAAAUUUCAAUUGUUUAGAUGUUUCAAGAGAUAUACUACACAAUGAAGAGAAUGAACCCGAACCACAAUCCCAGAGUCUGGCGAGCAAGGCACAAAGAAAUCUUGGGGUUGAUGAGGAGUGUAUGUGGGGGAAGCCUGAUGUUAUUAGUGUUAGUAAAGCACGAAGGAAAAAAGUGGAUGAUGGUGUGAAGGUAGGCAUUCAUGUUAUAGACGAUGUUACAUAUUCAAAUGUUCUUGUUAAGGAUGCAGGAGGAAUACCAUUGGAUUUACACAGAAGUUCUGCUGUCAUAAGCACAAAAUAA